AUGACCCUCUCCGGCGGCGGCAGCGCCAGUGACAUGUCCGGCCAGACGGUGCUGACGGCCGAGGACGUGGACAUCGAUGUGGUGGGCGAGGGCGACGACGGGCUGGAGGAGAAGGACAGCGACGCGGGCUGCGACAGCCCCGCGGGGCCGCCCGAGCUGCGCCUGGACGAGGCGGACGAGGGCCCGCCGGCCGCCCCGCAUCCCGGGCAGGCGCCGCCGCAGCCGCCCCGCCAGCAGUCCCCCGCGCUGCCCCGCGAGGCCGAGGCGGGCGCGCCCGAGGCCGACGGCUGCAAGGCGGGCGAGGACGGCGGCGCGGGCGCGGGCGCGGCGGGCGGCCUGGCCCCGAGCAAGCCCAAGAACAGCCUGGUGAAGCCGCCCUACUCGUACAUCGCGCUCAUCACCAUGGCCAUCCUGCAGAGCCCGCAGAAGAAGCUGACGCUGAGCGGCAUCUGCGAGUUCAUCAGCAACCGCUUCCCCUACUACCGGGAGAAGUUCCCCGCCUGGCAGAACAGCAUCCGCCACAACCUGUCGCUCAACGACUGCUUCGUCAAGAUCCCCCGCGAGCCGGGCAACCCGGGCAAGGGCAACUACUGGACGCUGGACCCGCAGUCCGAGGACAUGUUCGACAACGGCAGCUUCCUGCGGCGCCGGAAGCGCUUCAAGCGCCACCAGCAGGAGCACCUGCGCGAGCAGACGGCGCUCAUGAUGCAGAGCUUCGGCGCCUACAGCCUGGCCGCGGCGGGCGCGGGCCCCUACGGCCGCCCCUACGGCCUGCACCCCGCCGCCGCCGCCGCCGCCGCUGGCUACUCUCACCCGGCGGCGGCGGCGGCCGCAGCCGCGGCUGCGGCGCUCCAGUACCCGUACGCGCUGCCGCCCGUGGCGCCCGUGCUGCCGCCCGCCGUGCCGCUGCUGCCCUCGGGCGAGCUGGGCCGCAAAGCCGCCGCCUUCGGCUCGCAGCUCGGGCCCGGCCUGCAGCUGCAGCUCAACUCGCUGGGCGCCGCCGCAGCCGCCGCCGCCGCCGCCGCCGGCUCGGGCUCGGGCGCCGCGGGCACCCCGGGCGCGGGCGCGGGCUCCGCCACCGCGGCGCUCAUCAAGUCGGAGCCGAGCGCGCGGCCGUCGUUCAGCAUCGAGAACAUCAUCGGCGCGGGGCCCGCGGCCCCGGGGGGCUCGGCCGGCGGCGCGGGGGGCUCGGCGGCCGGCGGCGGCGGCUCCGCGCAGUCCUUCCUGCGGCCGCCCGGGACCGUGCAGUCGGCGGCGCUCAUGGCCACGCACCAGCCGCUGUCGCUGAGCCGGACCACGGCCACCAUCGCGCCCAUCCUGAGCGUGCCGCUGUCCGGACAGUUCCUGCAGCCCGCGGCCUCCGCCGCCGCCGCCGCUGCCGUGCAAGGCAAGUGGCCGGCGCAAUAG